AUGGCUGCUCGAACGCUGGACAGAAUGCGCAAGGCUCAGUCCCUGCUUCGCGAAUGUCAUGACUGGCUUGUGAAAAACAAUGAGAUGCUGCUGGCAGUUGGAAUGUGCCAAAUCGAAGGAAAACUCGCACUUUUCUUUGAGAAAAGAUGUUUCGCCAAUUCCCCCUGUCCUGGACUUCAAGAGGGGGAGCUUCCCCGCCUUCCCCGCUUCGAUGGCUACAGGCGCAGAGACCGCCACGGAUCCUACAACGGGUACCGCAGAGCCCAUCUAACCAACAGGAGCGGGACUGAAGCCCCCGCCAGUCGCGCCAGUGGCGGACAAAAAGUGCGGACUCAGGCAACAGCAAGUACCGCUAGGGUCAAUGUGACUGACUUGACCUGCCCGGAUGCCGAUUCCAAGCUGCCUCGAGCUCCAGCUGCCAUGAACAGAGCAUCGCCGCCAAGCGGCGUGCUUUUGGAUUUUGACAAUGACAUGGAAUUCGUCCAACUGCCGCCCAACAUGGUAGCCAACACGAAGACAGCACAGACAGCCGAUGUCAUAUCAAAGGGAAAGCAGCAAUUAUCAAAGCCAUCCGCUGUUGUAGGCAGCGAGGAGCUAGCUUCGGGGGUCUCGGUCCGGGUGGAGGGUGACGAUAAAUCCCUUCACCAGACCAAUGCUACUGCGGCCCAUGCCGCCUCAGCAGGUCUGGACACCGCCGUUGGCGGUUACUAUCCCCCCCCGGUGGUUGAAGAAGGUGUUGUCCCAGUCCCACCCCAACCACAGUUGCCAGAUUUACUCACGUCCGGCUCCUUUGAGAGCGCAUCGCCUCAUACAUUGCAAACCACCGACAACCAAAAGGGCAAUUCCAUGAAUUGCGAGGAGGUCCCUAUGUCAGCGGUCACAAGAGACGGAGGCAUGUUGAUUGAUCUUGACGAUGACCUGGCCGUGAUUCUUCCCGUUCGGACCAACGCAGACACCGGCAGCGCUUCUCAUUCAGGAGAAAACGAUGUGCUUGCAUCUGGCCUUGAUUCUGGGGUCAAGCAGAAUUCUCAACCAGAGGAUUUGGAAGAAGAUCAAAUCGUUUUCCAGGGAAACGCAGCAAAGGAAAUCUGA